AAGUGCACGUUGCGCAGCUCAUUUUCGUAUUUGAUUUACCGAAAUAUUAUUGUGCAUUGUGUUGUGCUAUGGCCGAAGAAGGUGCCGCAACGCAGGGAGGCGCCGAAAAGGUGGUCCACACGUAUCCGUUAAUAAGACAUUCAGAUAUGUCUGAAGAGAUGCGGACGGAGGCAGUGGAACUUUCCGUGACGGCUUGCGAGAAAUUCGCACAGAACAAUGAGUUGGCCGCGAGAAUGGUCAAAGAGUCCAUGGACAAGAAGUUCGGUCCCGCCUUCCAUGUUGUCGUCGGCGAGAGUUACGGCUUCGAAAUCACGUACGAGUGCACAACGAUAUGUUACAUGUAUUUUGGCGGGAACCAAGCGAUUUGCAUAUGGAAGUGCUCGUAAGCUGUAACGUAUUUUUUGGAAAUGUUUCUGUGACAUUAUUUAAGGAGAGAGUUUAUUUUGUGUCGAAUAAGGUACGAUCCAUUUUAAUUAUUGUAAAUACUUUCAUGAAUUCUCUUGAUUAACGGAAAUAAAGAUUAUUUACGAAAUCAACAGGGGAUAUACCUAAUGGUGCAGAUUUUAUUUUGUUAGAUUUAAUGAAAAUAAUUAAAGCUAUUUUUAAUCUAUAACUUAAAUAUAUCUGUGUAUGUGUAAACAUAACGAUUGUAAUAUAACUGUUUUUUAAUGAUAUAUAUCUAUUUAGUAAUAAAGCUAUAGAUUUAUUUAUUAUUAUUUUAAAUGUAAUUUACUACAAUAUACUUUAUUCUCUGUAAUAUAUUUGUUACAACAGUCAAGCUACUGCUUUUAUUGGAAACCAGAGAGCCGAGAGUAAGCCGGUGAAACAAACACAUAACAGAUGUUUCAAAAUUACAAGUUGUUAUAACGGAUGUGUAAUGCUGAAAUAAAAUGGUUUACUGAAGCCGGACCCAAAUGUCUCUUUAUUGAAUAAGUUUAAAUGUUAUCGAUUCGGCACAUUGAUUUAUGAAAAUCACCAAAACAGCCUCAUUGAUAAAGAUU